AUGGAUUUUCAAAGCUUGAGUCAGCUAAAUAUGCUUAUAAACAAGUAUUCGGGGAAUCAACUACCGAUGACGGAUAAGAAAACGAAAUUACCGUAUAUUUUAAAGAGCUAUUCGAUUAUGUCUUGGCUGAUACAGCUAACAUACCUGACUGUCUGCGUUUUUGGUCUUUUCAACGUACCCAGAGAUAAAGCAUUGAAGGACGGCACGGUAAAUAUAGUGGUUGCUUUAGAAGAAAUUGUGCUGGUUAUUUAUUUGCACAACCGUAAAACUUUGGUACGAAGGUUAAUUGGAGAACUGAAUCGUGUUCUCGCGGUAGAUAACGAGAUGCUACGAAAUGUCACGAUUAAUACCGUGAAAUCCUUAGAGAAACCCUUGAAAAUUUAUACGAUUGCCAGUGUUAAUGCAGUUAUGCUUUGGACAGCUUUGCCACUCGUCCAAGUAUUUCGGAGAUCUGAGUUCUAUUAUACGGAUUAUAGUGUGCCAGCUGCUCUAUCUAAGCAACCGUUUUCAUACGACGUUUUCGUCGGCGGCGUUGUUCUUCAGAUUAUUGGUGGUGUAUACACCGUAAUGAAAAAAAUUGGCGUGGAUAUUUAUACGAUGCAUUUGAUUCUUUUAAUGACGGCGCAGUACAAAUAUAUUAGGGGCAAAGUUGCGAUGACAUUUCGACAGUAUAACGAAGCUUUCGAUGAUUUCGGCAACAGUAUUACUGGACUGAAAGUUUCAUGCGAGAAGCAAAAAGUGAUCAAACAGGAAAUGAGAUCGGCGUCUCAUCAUUACGAAGUUAUAGUCAAGAUGACUAUUAUGUUGAAGAAAUUACUAUCUCCAAACAUUGGAAUACUUUACGUAAACAACGUUUUCCGGUUCUGCUUUCUAAGUUUAAUGAUUAUAACGAAUUCCGGAGAUAAUUUUGAAAAAUUGAUAAUUGUAAUGUAUACAAUUGGUGCUCUAACGCAAUUUUAUGUAUUGUGCUUCUGUAUUCAAGAGUUAGUCGAAGCGAGCACAUCUGUAGCGGACGAUGUAGUACAUGAACGAUGGUAUUUCUGUGAUGUACUAGUACAACGAGUAAUUGCUAUGAUUAUUUUAGCUGAUAAAAUGGAAUGUAGACUGUCCAGUUUUCGGAACAUAGAUUUAACUUUACCAUCUUUUAUGUCGAUUCUAAACCAAGCAUACUCGACUAGUUUGCUGUUUUUGAAAGCAAAAUGA